GGAGGGGUAAAAACCACGGGGCACCCCAAAACCCCUUUGCCAGGUGCGAGCUCUCUUCCCGAAGAGGCUCAGAGAGACACUUGUCCUGGGAUCUGAAGUAUGAGGGUGGCUUGCUGAAGCUGGAGACUUUGAAAGGAGCUGGCAGAGAGAGUAGACGGCGUGCAGGCCAUGACCUAGGCCCUGUGGUCCGGCAUCGGCCGCAAUGACCUCUUUACCCUGUGCUCUUCCUGGCCACGGUGCCUCCAGCGUUGUCUUCCCGGACUUCGCCCCCGCCCCUUCAGUAGUGGCUGCUUACCCGCUCGGACUAUUCCCCGGAACCGCAGCUUCACCCGAUUUGUCCUACUCCCAGUCCUAUGGCCACCUCCUGUCCUAUUCCUACCCUGGGCCAGCAACCCCAGGAGACUCCUACCUGCCCAGCCAGCAACAAUCGGCGGCACCGUCUCAGUCUUUUCACCGGCCGGCUGAACACCCGCAGGAACUCGAAGCGGAAUCAGAGAAGCUGGCACUGCCUCUCGAGCCCUCCCAGCAGUCCCUGACCAGGAAGCUGCGCAAGCCUAGAACCAUCUACUCCAGCCUGCAGCUGCAACACCUGAACCAGCGUUUCCAGCAUACCCAGUACCUGGCCCUGCCUGAGAGAGCUCAGCUGGCAGCCCAGCUCGGACUCACCCAAACCCAGGUAAAGAUUUGGUUUCAGAACAAACGCUCCAAAUAUAAGAAGCUUCUGAAACAGAGCUCUGAGGAGCCGGAAGAGGACUUCUCUGGGAGACCCCCCUCCCUGUCUCCUCCCUCUUCAACUCUCCCAUUCAUCUGGGAUCUACCCAAGGCAGGCACCCUGCCUACCAGUGGCUAUGACAGCAGCUUUGGUGCCUGGUAUCAGCAUCACUCCCCAGAUGUGCUGGCGCUGCCUCAGAUGAUGUGAGUCUGGAGGGAAGCUGGGCAGGCUUCAGCCCUCUUGUCAAGCCCAGGACCUGCGCACCUGCUCUCCUUCUGGGAGGAGAGGAAACCAGCUCCAGAUGGAUUUGCUCAGAAGACAAGAAGCUAAAGGAGAAAAGGGGGAAGAAUGGAGUGGAAGCCUGGCUCUCCAAGCCAGGGAGCUAAUCAGCGGCUUUAGACGGCCACAGCCUCGCCACUCCCUCUCCCUUCAGAUGACUGCAGCCCCAGCACAGGCCUAGGAUCCAAACCAGGAAGAAAACAAAUAUUAUUCCUGGACUGCACCGUGGGGGCCCAGACAGCCCUUUCAUGAACAAAACCAGAAGUGGACACAGAGUCUCUGUUGUUGGCCGCUGUAAAGUCUCCGACUUUCAUUUACUAAUUAUUGGUGGUAGCCCAGUGGUAGAGUAAAUGCUUACCAUGUACAAAGCCCUAGCACCAAAACAAAAACAUGGAGUAUCAGCCUGUGGGCAGCUUAUGCCUCUCUCUUUUAAAUGGUUCUCUACCGCGAUAUCUACCCAUUUUGAGUUGAUAGUCAUGGGCUUAAUCAUCCAUAUAAUUCAGCAGGUCUGCAUUGAGAGCCUAGGCCCACGACUCUCCAUCCUUAACACCUAACAAGUUCACUUGCACAUGUUGUUGGAAGCCCAGAAGGAGAAAUGAGACAAACAGAUUCUCUGGAUCAGUGUAGGCAUUGCUGUAAAUGUGGGGUAGCCUUGGCGUCUCAGCUCCGAUGUUGCUUCUAUCCAAAAAAAAAAAAAAAAACUGCUCCGAUUCACUGUUACCCUGUCCGGCAUUCCCAGGGACUUGUCAUCUCUCA